GAGUGGGAGACCAUGGCGGACAGCACGCGUUGCAUGGCGCUGUUCUUGCUCAUUGGCGUGGCUGCUCCAGCGGUUUUGGCCAUCACCGAUGGACUUUUGCCCAACGGAGACUUUGCCCAGCGGCCGGACAAGUCCCAAAUGAACGGCGUGGUGAUAACAGGGCACCACGCGGUACCUUGCUGGGAGAUAUCUGGGUUCGUGGAGUACAUCGAGCCCGGGCAUAGGGAGGGAGACAUGAUCCUGGCGCUGCCGGAGGGCGCGUCCGCCCUGCGGCUGGGCAACGACGCCACCAUCCAGCAGCUCAUCAACGUCACCCGUAAGACCUACUACUCCAUCAGCUUCAUGGCCGCGCGGUCAUGCGCCCAGGCCGAGAAGCUGAACGUCUCGGUCGACCCGGAAUUCGGCGUGCUUCCGAUUCAGACAGUGUACACCAGCACCGGCUGGGACACCUACUCGUGGGCGUUCAAGGCCAGGCACAGCACCGUGUCGCUGAGCAUCCACAACACUGGCGUCGAGGAGGACCCGGCGUGCGGCCCCCUCAUCAUCGCCGUCGCGAUCAAGACCCUCCAACCUCCUCACCGCACCAAGGGGAACCUGCUGAGGAAUGGGGAUUUCGAGCUGGGGCCGUACAUCUUCCCCAGCACGCCGUGGGGCGUGCUGGUGCCGCCGAUCCUGGAGGACGUGCACUCGCCGCUGCCGGGGUGGAUGAUCAUGUCGGACACCAAGGUGGUCAAGUACGUGGACGCGCCGCACCACGCGGUGCCGCAUGGCGAGCGCGCCGUGGAGCUGGUAGCCGGAAGGGAAUGCGCGCUGCUGCAGGAGGUGGUCACCGUGCCCGGGUGGUCCUAUAGGCUGUCCUUCUCCGUCGGAGACGCGGCCAACGGGUGCAAGGGGUCCUUGGCGGUGGAGGCGUACGCGGCGCGGGAGAGGCUCAGGGUGCCGUACGAGUCCCUUGGCACGGGCGGGUCCAAGCCCGCCGUGCUCGAGUUCACGGCGAUAGCCAACAUGACGCGCGUGGUGUUCCAGAGCUCAGACCAUCUCAUGACAUCGAACGCCACGCUGUGUGGGCCCGUCCUUGACGAUGUCUUGCUCGUAGGAGUGCGCAAGCCCGCUGCCAGGCGGCUGCGUUUGUAG